GAAUGUGAACAGUUAUCGCUCUAAAGUCAUUGUAAGAAGACGAAACUAGACGGAAUAACGUGGAAAAAUGAGUAACGUUAAUAAUGUUAAUAUCAACGUUCAGUGCGAAUGCUACCAUCGUCGCGGCCUCCUCUAUUACGCGAAUCCUUGGGCUUGGGGUCGUCCUUGCCGCAGAUGCCGUCGCAUGAUGUCCAGAAACAACAUUGUGGUCUCCGUGCCAGCAGGCCAGGUGGCGUGUCCAGCGCAGACCACAGCCACCACAGUGAUGCCUGCCCAGUGUGCAACCCACUGGCAGGUGCAGCAGCAGCAGCAGCAGCAGCCUCAGACUAUGUCCACCCUGCCACCCAAGUACGAUCAGGCUGUGGCAGCUAACUAAACGACAACUAAAGGAUCUUUUAUAAGACUUAUUGAAAAACCAAAUAAAAAUCGACUAAGAA